UGGAAAAGUAAAACCAAAUAGCCACCAAGAAAUUCCUAAUAUUUAAAAAAAUCUUUUGCAAAGCUAAUAAAACAGAUGUGUAGGCUAAGGAAGAGAGGUAACACAAAGGAAGAAGAAGAAAGAUUCUCUUAUAUUCUGUGAAGAAAGAUUGAAUCUUUAUUACUACUUAUUUCCUUUUUAUUUGGUGAAAAAAAAGUGAAAGAAUUGGAAAAGGAGGAGAAAAAAGGGAACCCCAUCAACUCCAUUUGGAGGAAGAAGGAGAGGAGGAGGAUAUAAUGGGAAUUUUGUAUGAUGAUGUUGUGUUAUUGAAGCAUUCUGAAAGAGAAGGUGAACCAACUGUGAUUACUGUUAAUUGUCCUGAUAAGACUGGUUUAGGCUCUGAUCUUUGUAGAAUCAUUCUCUUCUUUGGUCUCACUAUUGUUAGAGUUGAUGUAUCUACCGAUGGAAUAUGGUGUUACGUAGUGUUUUGGGUGGUGGGAACACCAAACACAAGGUGGAAUUUGUUAAAGAAGAGACUUGUGGAAGCUUGUCCGUCUUGUUCUUCUGCCUCCGGAAUAUCAUAUUAUCUUGCUGAGUUACAGUCGCCAGGGCCUCCUGAUGUAUUCCUCUUGACGUUCUGUUGCUACGAUCGAAGGGGCCUUUUGCAUGAUGUGACGGCGGUACUUUCCGAGCUGGAGCUUACAAUAAAGAAGGUGAAGAUAUCCACUACUCCAGAUGGAAAAGUGAUGGACCUGUUCUUCAUCACUGACACAAGAGAACUUCUACAUACAAAGAAGAGACAAGACGAUACACGUUACCAGUUGAAAUCCGUUCUCGGUGACGCCAUGAUUAGUUGCGACAUAGAAAUGGUCGGCUCCGAAAUCACCGGGCGUUCUCAAGGGCCAUCAUUCCUUCCGCAAGAAAUUGCCGAAGACAUGUUUAGCUUUGAAAUACUUCAUGAGCACCAGAGUAGAUCUCUCGCUUGCAAUAAAGCGUCUAUCACCGUGGAUAAUUUGUUGAGCCCUGGUCAUACUCUCAUCCAGAUUGUUUGCCAAGAUCAAAAAGGUCUUCUGUAUGACAUAAUGAGGACACUGAAAGAUUACAAUAUUCAGAUAUCAUAUGGACGGUUCACUUCAAAAACUAAAACAGUAUGUGAGCUCGACUUGUUCAUAGUGCAAGCUGAUGGCAAGAAAAUAGUCGACCCUAGCAAGCUGAACGCUUUGUGCUCGCGUCUUCAAAUGGAACUAUGUCGCCCUCUCAGAGUGGCAUUGAUGAACCGAGGUCCUGAUGCAGAAUUACUGGUAGCGAACCCCGUAGAGUUAUCGGGGAAGGGUCGACCACUCGUCUUUUAUGACAUUACACUGGCUCUCAAGAUGCUCAAUAUUGGCAUCUUUUCGGCUGAAAUAGGGAGAUAUCUGGUUGGUGAUCGAGAAUGGGAAAUUUAUCGGGUCUUACUGGACGAAGGGAACGGUUCUGGUCCCCCAAGGAACAAGAUUGAGGAAGCUGUUUGGAAGAUGUUUAUGGGUUGGCAGUAACGACGACUGAAUGUACAGUUUCCGUGUUCAUUGCUAAAAGGCUCAUUUGACUCGUGCAGUAUUAACUUCUACUAGUGAUGAUACCACCAUAUGUACAGAAGUGUAUAAUGUAGAGGUAAAAAAGCUAGGUUCUGUCAAGAUUUUGCAAGACUAAUCUUGUAGAAUCAUGUGAAAAUGUCAAGAAGUUAAAAGACUUUUAUUGUACGGUGUUGAUAGAAGUUGUAUGUACAGGAUGUACUAACUUUAAGAUGUAUUUUACUUGCCUUUUUCGCAAA